AUUAUUUCAAUCAUCAAUCGUCAACCAAGAACCAACCAAAUUAUUUACAUAGAAAAUAUUUUAAUUUUAAUUUUUUAAUUUUAUUUCAUCGUGAACAAUGUUCACCAAAACAAUAGUUUUGCUAGUCGCGCUGACAUUACUUGCCUCGUCGGAGGCAGCGACCAACCCUUGGAAGAGGACGUGGGAGUGCGAUGAGACCUGCAACCGUAUCGAGCGGGAGAAGACGGAGUGCUGCCGCCAACACGGACACGUCUGGUACGGCAAUUGUGAACGGGGGCAAAUGUACUGCUACUAGCUACAGGCUUGGCUAACGGCUGGUACAAAUUAAAAUUAAUGGUUACAAAUACAAUUAGUACUGAAUUAAAUAAAUUGUAAUAAGUUACUGUUUGUUUUUGUUAGACAACUUUGUAACAAUUAAUGUAUUUCUUGAUAAUAAAAAGUGGUACUUAAAAAGACGCAUUUUUAAAACCAUGUUCGUAAUUCCAAACGUUAAUUGUUUUUUUUAUUGGAAAAAACCUUUUAACUUAAAGUUCCAAGUAAAUGCCAAACUGUAUUAACAGUUUGUUGGCGGUGCGCUCUUGUACAUCGCUUUGCAUCAAAAUUAAUGGUUAUGUACCUACCUACUAUGGUACCUAGUUACUGAAUUCAAUAAUUUGUGAAAAGUUUCUGUUUAUUUUUCUUAGACAACUUUGUUACAAUUAAUGUAUUUCUAAAGCGGUACUUAAAAAAUAGAAACUGAAGCUUAGCUUGUGACUUAGUUGUACAUUUUUAUCCACAUUUUUUCUCGCUUAGCAUCAAAUUUAAUGUCCAGACCCCAGGCUUGAUUAAUUGUUGAAUAAAGAUAUGGAUUUACUAUAGAAAAAUAAUUGUUUUAUUAAUCCAAGGAUAUCUUCAAAAAUAGGGAUACAUAUAUAAAAUUAGAAAAUAACAACACAUCUCUGUACAAUAUUCAUUUACAGAACUGUUAAUGUACGAAAUUGAAUAAUUUGUCGUCGCAA